GCCAUCGUUGCAGAACAGCCAACGUUACCAGCCUCCACGGAGGAGAACUCCAUUGACAUCUUGACAGCACUGGAUCGAGACGGCUUUGUCUUGGAGCGUGCCGACUUGAAGACGCGAUGGCCGAAACAUAUGGAUGAAUUCACUUGUCUGGAUGAGUCGACUGGGCAGAUCCGCGUUUGUCUCACGCACGAUGGGCGCAUCAGACCUGUCAAUGAAGACGACAAUGGUGUCUUGCAGUCGAUACUUCAGAUGGUGGAACAGAAAGUUCACUCGAACUACUUACCAGAUCGACCGCGGGUCCAUGAAGCUCUGCAAGCAGGUCAUCAAGUACUUGACCUUCAAGUUCCAGGAACCAAUCUCUCCGAGCAGUUGACCUUUGUCAGUGGUGAGAAACUGCUGCUGCGCGUAUUUUCGGAGGACACCCCGGCGGCUGAGCCUCUGGUGCGGCGCUGCAGUGCGGAGGAAGUGGUGGAGCAUGUGCUGGGCGUGCUCCAGACAGGUGCGGAUUCCGUGAACCUUGUGCUGGGUUACGAGAUGCUUCAGUUGCAUUUUGACAAGAUGGACGUUGUUGAGGAGGCGGAUCAUCGCGUGAGGCCCUGGAUCAUCACGCACUAUGCCUGGGGCCCUGUUCGCCCCUUGGCGGAUUUUUCAGCGUAG